CUCUCUCUCUCUCUCUCUCUAUAUAUAUAUAUAUAUCUAUAUAUCUGACUCAGUGUCUUAGUCCUCUAUUAUUUCCCAAUCGUCUUCUCCAAUUGCUCUCAUCGAUCAUGGAGACUCAGAAACUCACAGACUACGAGCGCAAGAGGCUUGAGAACAUCCGUCGGAAUGAUGAAAUGGUGGCUGCCCUCAAGCUUCAAGCCAUGGCCACGCAACUCUCCGCCUCAACCAAGCGCCAAAGUAAUAGGGCAGCAACCAAAUCGUACAAAACUAGUCCGCAGAAGAAACCCAAAAUCGAGACCCCAAUUGUUAUGCGGCGGUCUCUGCGUACCAGAGGAAUGCCACCGGAGGCCAAAGGUCUCGACGAUGAUCUGGUCGAGUCAGUCGCCAAGAUCCAUAAGCCUCUGACCCCUGCCAAGCCCGGUGCGUCCCGCGUUUGGGGCCCUCUAAAUAUGGAAGAAGCGUAUACUGGAAGUGGGUCUGAUCGAGAAUUGAUUGAAACCCUUGUGGGUAUUGGGAAGAAUUCUGGUGUGGAUACUUCAGUUGGAGUGGAAUUUGGUAGUGUUAAGGUUUGUAAAGACGAAAUUUCCGGCAAUUUGGUUAAGAGAGAGGGCAACGAUGGUGGGAGUUGUUUGAAGUUGUCGUCUUUGACUCUGAAUCCGGAGAAUAUAGCGAGGGUCAUGCCGGGAAGGAUUAUGGCGGUCCGUUUUCUUCCUUGUAAUAAUUCGAGGAUGAUUGUAGCCGGGAACAAGUUAGGUAAUAUUGUAUUUUGGAAUCUUGAUUCUAAGGGAGAGGGAGAAGAUGGGAUCUAUCUGUAUCAUCCACAUCCGGGUCCUAUUUCAGGAAUUUCAGUUCACCAACAUUGCUUGUCGAAGAUAUUUACCAGUUGUUAUGAAGGAGUUAUCCGGUUGAUGGAUGCCGAGAAAGAGGUAUUUGAUCUAGUAUAUUCCUGUGAGGAUACCAUAUUCUCUCUCUCUCAACAACCAAACAAUGCGAACUGCUUAUACUUUUGUGAGGGGUAUGGUGGUUUGAGUAUCUUUGAUAGGAGGACUGGAAACUGUCCAACCAAAUGGAGUUUGCAUGAUGCUAGGAUUAACACCAUAGACUUCAAUCCGGGUAACCCCAACAUCAUGGCCACUAGUUCCACAGAUGGAACUGCCUGUAUCUGGGAUUUGAGAAGUAUUAAUGCAGAUAAACCUAAGGCUUUGAAGACGGUCAGCCACAAAAGAGCUAUACAUUCUGCUUAUUUCUCACCAUAUGGAAGGUCUCUCGCUACAACUAGUUAUGAUGACAAUGUUGGCAUAACAAGUGGAGUAAAUUUUGAGGAAACAUCAAUGAUACACCAUUAUAAUCAGACUGGUCGAUGGAUUUCUACUUUCAGGGCGAUAUGGGGGUGGGACGAGUCGUAUGUCUUCAUUGGCAAUAUGAAAAGAGGUGUUGAUAUUAUCUCCCCUGUUCAAAGGAGAUCUGUUUUUACCUUGCAUAGCCCACACAUGUCUGCAAUUCCAUGCAGAUUUGAUGCACACCCUUAUAAUGUCGGGAUGCUAGCAGGAGCUACAAGUGGUGGCCAGGUUUAUGUGUGGACGUUGCUCCAGGGAAGUUAGUCUUUGAAUGAGAGUUAUUGUUGUAUCUAGAGAUGUUGUCACUAACCUUAUGCAGUUUCUAAGUAAGCAAACAGUUGACAUUGGAUGGUAGAAAAAUCCGUUUCUGUGACAGAUUGUCUUAUCGUUAUGUUUUUGAGAUAAAUGAAUUAGAAUCAUCUAUCUAAUUUUUAAUUUUU